AUGUCAUCGAAUCAGCUGCUACCUCGUAUGAAACGCGAACUAGAAAUACUGGAAUGCGAUCCUCCGCCGGGUAUAGUUUGUUAUCCAAUUGAUGAUAGUUUAUUACACUUUUGUUCACAGAUCAAAGGACCGAAGGAUACACCAUAUGAGGACGGUCUAUUCAAAGUGGAUGUUCAGAUUCCUUCACGCUAUCCUAUGGAACCUCCAAAAAUGCAAUUUAUUACCCCAAUUUAUCAUCCAAACGUGGAUGAUGCAGGAAGAAUUUGCCUUGACAUUCUUAAAAUGCCACCAAAUGGAUCAUGGAAGCCCUCGUUGAAUAUUUCAACUACCUUGACGUCUUUGAGUAUUUUGAUGGCGGAUCCAAAUCCGGACGAUCCUCUUUUAGUUGAAAUUGCAAGUGAAUUUAAGGAAAAUAAAUCCUUAUUUAUUCAAAAGGCGAGACAGGCUACAUUGCAACACGCGAUAGAAGAUAAUAAAGCACUAAUCACAGAGGAUCUUAUCCAAGAACCCGAACAAGCUUCAUCAUCUACCCCUGCAGUUGCUGUGCCGGUUUCAUCUUCGUCACAGGAUAUCCAACAACAAGAAUUUGUAACACUGCCUCCUUUAGAGAAAAACGUAGUAAUUAUACAAAAAGCUGCGCAAGAAGCGGCUUCAGAAAAUUUAAAUAAAGCUGAAGAAAACUUUCCCACCGUCACACACAAAAAAAAGAUACUAUCGCUUUCCAAGGUUAAUUCCAAAAUUGAGAAAAAGAGACCUUUGGAAAGAAUCUCAACUCAACCUAUAAGUGCUCCUACCGGUUCUACUUCGGUUAUACCCAUCGCUUCGCCUCCGACCAUUUCUAAAUCGUUACAAGAGGAAAAAGUUGAUCGAGUCGAAAAGAGGAGACCCUUUGGUGAUAUCACAAAAAGAUCGAUUAAUGUUCCAGCAAAUAUUCAACCUACGACCAAUCAAACCCAAGUAACAGCAAACAAUUUGAACGUGCUGAAUAAAGCCGAAAGAAAACGGUACCUUUUACGAAAGAAACCCAAUGACGCGGUAUCCAAGAGGCAAAAAUUGACGGAAUGA